AAAGACUAAAUGCUUGUCUGUACCUGGAGUGGUGAGAGGUAACACCUGCCGUCAUGGACAAAAAAAUAUUUUGUUGGAUAUUUUUGCUUGGAUAUUUCCAUGCAUCCUCUGGACAAGUGACAACCAACACAACUGGAGCCAUCACAUUUUCGGCUACAACAACCACAGCUGGAACCGCCACAACUCCAACUCUAACUACCACAACUGGAGGCAUUACAUUUUCGGCUCCAACCACCAUAAUUGCUGCCACCACAUCUCCAGGUUCAACCACCACAACUGCAGCCACCACAACUCCAGCUCCAACCACCACAACUUCGGCUCCUAGCACUACAACUCCGGUUCCAACCACCACAACUGCAGCCACCACAACUCCGGCUCUAACCACCACAACUCCAGCUCCAACCACCACAACUCCAGCUCCAACCACCACAACUCCACCUCCUAGCACUACAACUCCAGCUCCUAGCACUACAACUCCGGGUCCAACCACCACAACUCCAGCUCCAACCACCACAACUCUGCCUCCUAGCACUACAACUCCGGGUCCAACCACCACAACUCCAGCUCCAACCACCACAACUCUGGCUCCUGGCACUACAACUCCAGCUCCAACCACCACAACUCCACCUCCUAGCACUACAACUCUGGCUCCUAGCACUACAACACCGGCUCCAACCACCACAACUCUGGCUCCUGGCACUACAACUCCGGCUCCAACCACCACAACUCCAGCUCCAACCACCACAACUCUGCCUCCUAGCACUACAACUCCGGGUCCAACCACCACAACUCCAGCUCCAACCACCACAACUCUGGCUCCUGGCACUACAACUCCAGCUCCAACCACCACAACUCCACCUCCUAGCACUACAACUCUGGGUCCAACCACCACAACUCCAGCUCCAACCACCACAACUCUGGCUCCUGGCACUACAGCUCCGGGUCCAACCACCACAACUCCAGCUCCAACCACCACAACUUCGGCUCCUAACACUACAACUCCGGGUCCAACCACCACAACUCCAGCUCCAACCACCACAACUUCGGCUCCUAGCACUACAACUCCGGGUCCAACCACCACAACUACGGCUCCAACCACUACAACUCCAGCUCCAAUCAUUACAACUCUGUCUCCAACCACCAUAACUGGAGCCACCACCUCAUCUAUAGGAGAAACAACAAUUCAAGUCUUUGAAUCACUGGCACAUCUACAGAUGAAGUUAAGUUCUAUUGGAGAGCUCAGCAAUCAAACCAUCAUUGAAAAUGUUAAACAGCUUUUUAAAGAGCAGCUCCUGAAUGGAACAGCCCAUACAAUAACAGUGACAAACAUCCAGAAGGUUAGAGUUACCCCAUAGAAGCCUCAUGUUGAAAGAAAUAAUCAAAUGGGAAUAGUGGAGAUGUGCGUUUGGCUCAAGUGUACGGUACAAUGGAAUUUUCAGACCAAGCAAUAUGAUCUGUCAAAGCGUUUUUUUGGAGUUGUUAAUAAUUACCAUGCUGGAGGAGCAGCUGCCAUGAUGACAAGCCUGGUAACCAGGAAACUAGAAAACAAAACUAUAAGGAAAUGUCUAACUCAUUUGCAGCAAUGGUGAGUAACACAUACCAAGUACUGUAUAUGACAAUUGUACCCCAAAUCAGAAAUCAAGCUUUCAAGUAUUACUGAAAGAAUGCACUCAAAUGUCUACUGAAUGUGUGUCCAUUAUAUGAUCUUGACACAUAGGAAUUAAUAUAUUAAUGAUUAAGUGUGUAUAUUUGUGUGGUUUUAGCUAUUUGCCCCCCUUGCAGUCUCUUGUCCAUUUGAAACUUACUUCACCUGGUAAAGAGUUAACUACGUGUGGAAUAUGUUGAAAUGUAUGAAAAUUUGACACAUGCAGGACAUUAGUUAUGAUGCUGAGCUUAAGUCAACAUCAUUGACUUUUAGAAUAAUCAUUAGAACAACAAGCCUGACCUGUUCAGACUUUCUGGUUUUGUUUAGACUGAACACCAUAUUUAAUAUGAUAUUUUAUGUUGUAUGCCCUUUUGAAAGAUAAAUUGACAUUUCUAUUUGAAGUGCACUUCUUCGUGUUCUUUUGGUGUAAUUGAAUAAAACCUUUUGACAAUGAAUAAAAUAAUUAAUCAAAGAA